CUGGUUUCAGUACCUUCGCGUAAUUUUAAAUUCGCGGUAUGGUGUUCCUACGAUUAUCAUUGAUCUGUGCACUAUAGUUCAGAAACACUCGAAUUUUUUGGAAAUAACUGACAGGUGAUCUCGUGUUUGGACUCACGUAUUAGCACCAAUCACCGCCCAUCGUUACGGAAGCAAUAACAUAGAAUGCGAAGUUCUAAUGUGUGCGAUAUGUAAAAUUAGCGCUAGUGGCCAACAUGGGGUCGAUUGUGUUGAAAAGUUUAUCUGUGCUGCUUGGAAUAUUUUUUAUAUUUGUGGGUAUAAUGAAAAUGACUUCAAUCAUCAGCAAGGAUCUUCACAAAGAUUUGAGGAAGGAAUACGUCAAGUACGCGAAAGUAUUUCCUCUUUCCGAGUUGCUAGAUUUUAAAGUACCAUCAAAAUGGUAUCGUAGGGCAGUAGGUACACUAGAAAUAAUUUGUGGGCUAGCGAUGGCCUUUUUUCCAAGCAAUUCUGUCAAACAAGGAGCAAAUAUAGUCCUCUUGCUGAUGAUGAUGAUGGCUGUGUACUCCCACUACAUGGUCAAUGACAAAUUUGAAAGAAUUGCGCCUGCAUUGGUGUUCUUCUUCAUGUUGACGGGGAGGCUCGUAAUUGAUUGGCAACUAAGGCGGAAGGAAGCAGCUGAAGUUGUGAUGGCAAAUGGUGAAAAGAAGCAGAACUAAAGAAUGCUGGCAUCGCAAACUGAUGUGUGUGUACAAGUUCAUAUGCAAAAUGCACAGACAUGCACACACAGUGCAGAAUGGGCUACAGAGAAGAGAUCAAAUACAGCAUUUUGAGGGUAACAACUCUCUUUAUUUCUCAGGAUGCAGCCAGUGCGACUACUGCAGAUUGGUGCAUUUAGACACAAUGAAUGAAACUUAUUGGACUCUGACCACAAGUAGUAAAUUUCCAAAAAUUGCUGGCGUAUUGCUCAUACCAUAGAACAAAAGGAAUUUUAUCCUACAUUCUAAGAGAAAGGAAUUUUAUCCUUGUUUAAGUGUCAUCAAUAUCUUGCCUAAAAUAUAGUCGGCAGUGUGGAUUAGAGAAGAUCAUUUCUGAGCUUUAGUGCCAUAUUUCAUUUAUUUAUUUUAUUGGCAAAUAUUCUGUCCUACAGCAAAGGUCCCAAUAUAAUUGUUUUUCUUCCUCACAAAAAAGUUAAGGAACAAAUAUGUCUCCAAACAAAUGUUCGAGGGAAAGGCCCACUUCAGAGUGAGAAACUUCCAAAAUUGACUUCACAUUAACUUACAUUUGCAAGUAUUGUAUUUGCUGCAGUGAAAAGGAAUUUGUACUUUGUAUUGUCCUGCUUUUGGGACUCCUAGAGGUUGAAAAUUUACAUUUUCUCUAUAUUUUAUCUUGUCUCUUUGAGAGGAUGUGAAUCUGGGCCUCUACUAAAUGUGCAUUGCCUCUAGACUGCCGCUUACCUGUUAGGGAUUACAACACUGGAGAGCAUAUAAUUUUUUAACCUUUUUUGCACAAGUACAACUCAUCCUGUACAGUUGAGUUUGAGCCGUAAAUUUCUACUACUCUUAUUUUUGUGUUUUUUUGGUGAAUUUAGUGUUUAAAUAAUUUAUUAUAUAUUUUUAUAGGCUGUUGUGGCAGUGUAUUUUAUUUGGAAGCUUUUGCUCAACUAUUUAGCACCAUGUGUAAAGAUAUUGAUGUUUCUGCAUCAUGUGAUCAUUUCAUCUAAUGUAUUAUUGUAAAAAGAAAUAUUUAUCAAAUGUAUCCUGUCCCACUUGUGAAUUUUAAACCAAAGACAAUGAUGCUGUGUUUUUAAUAGACUCAUAGUGACAGAGAUAUGUUCCCAUUGUACAUAAAAAUCAUGUCACAGUUCUAGUCAUCUCAAUUUUUCAUCCUAUGUAUAUUUUAAAAGGCCUAAAACAUAGUAUGUUUCAUUAGAAGUGAUUUAUUUUCUUUUUAAUGUGAUAACUAAAGAAAUAGGUGAUAGUUUGUAUGUUCAUUUUAACUUUUUUCUGAUAAAGCAAUAAUUAGUGUGUGGCGCACUUAUCUUGAGAUGGAUUUUUGUCAUAUAAAGAGCUUCAUUCUCAUAAAUGCAUAACAGCAAAUAUCAGUGCACUGUAGCCAUUAGAACCAAUUACUGAAAUUUAGUUAUCAUAGCUAUAAUUAACAUUUACAUCGGUUUCAUAAUUUUUAUUAACUCAGUGAGUCUACAGUAAUAUUACACAUCUACAGAUGUGUGGGAUUUUGCCAAAGUGUGCAACUUUCUCUGUCAUUUCAGUAUUAAUAUUCUUGUUGCAUCUGCUUUACAGGCUACAUGUUUGUGCACUUUGAAGCUCACUACAGACAUUUACUGCAGUUACACAGAAUUAGGCACUAUAAUUUGGACAGUAAAUGUCAACAAGGUUUACAUGCUUUUCUUGUUUAUGUAUUUUUAACAGUGUGUCUGAAGUAAACUUUUCAGUAACAUUUAAUAUUGUAAAUCAUAGAAAAUGACCAUAUGGACUCCCCAUUCUUGAAUUAGUUUGGAAGUAAACAUAGCAUCACAGAAGUUGGACUGAAAGGGAGAGAAAAUGGAGUGUAGUUGACAAACUGCUGAUGGUUGUAAUAGCAAGUGGUUAUUGCAGUUGUGUACUGCCAGAAAAAUAUCUUCAAGAGUUCAUUGUUAGCUGGGUCAGUAUAUGAAAUUCUGGACGACACCACUGUAAGUUGUAGCAUAAGAAUUCAAAAUCAUAGAUACGGUUCACAGCAAUUUUUCACAAUAUUUUGAAACAUGAUGAUCUGCUUAUUCUGUCUUUAUAUAUGUACCUUAUUUGGUGAGUGGGAUGACAGUGAAAUAAGGUGACAGUUUUGAGAUAUAUUUACAUAGAAAUUACCUGAGCUGAUGUGUCAAGGCAUCAGAUGCAGUUCUAAAUGUGAUGGAGCUCCAUUCCAAAAACGUGCAUAAUUUCAGUUAUUGCUGCAUAUGUUUCAUUUUAUUGUGUGCUUUGAAAAUAUUGAUCGAGCUCCUAUUUGUCAGAGCUUAAAAUUAUUUAUCUGUCUUACAUGCAGGUAUUAUGAUGUGUCCAUAAGCCUAAACAAAACUGACAACAUUAAUACUGGUUCUCACUGACACAGAAAUAAAUUCUUAAAAUGUUGGUGUCAUGAGUUAAAUGCAUACUUCUUCAGCUGUUGCAUAGGUGCAGAAUAUAAGCAAUAAACAAAAAUGAGGACAAAUAAUCGCUCUUUGACAUCUCAUUGAUUCAUAGUGGUAGACACAUACAGCAACACAGAGAAUUUGAUUAAUUUUCGAGCUACUGUUCUUUUUCUGAUUUAAGUAAAAAAACAUCGCCAGAGACCUGCGGAUGUGGGUGCUGUAUGUGUGCCUGUGCCUAUGUGGAGAGUAUAAUUCACUCAAGGUGAAUGCUUGCAUAUCCCCAAUGUUCUUUAUUGUUCAAUUUGGUAUUUCCAUUAACAUGGUAUUUCAUAGUAGGUGAAGAGCACUGUUUCAAAUUUUUUGUAACUGCACUUUUGCUUCCACAUUUCUUUCCUCUAAAUUUUAAUGUAAAAAAUUAAGUAUUCAAAAGUAUUACUGCAGUGGAAUGGAGUCUUCUAUCAUAUCACACUGCUAUUGCCUAUGGAAUUGGACAGUUUCAUUUUCAGAAAGUUGUCUUUAUUAAAUUUCCACUGUACCUUCCUGUUUAAUAAAUUGUAAUCCAAUACACUAAACUAUCAUAAGACCAUUUUACUAUUAUUAGCAGUCUGCCAUGGUGUGAGCUUGUAAAUAUAAUGAACUUGAAUGAGAAGGAAUUUGUAGAAAGACUUAAAUGCAAACUCUAGUCACAAUGAAAAUUAGCACCGAGGAGUUGUGCUGAGAUCAUAAAUGAUACUUGUACUUAAUUGAAUGUAUUUGUUAUUAUAAGGCUGAUACAAACACACACAUAUAACAAAGAAAGUGGUCUUGUAGUACAUGCACCCCUCGCCGCAUUGUACAUUAAUUUUGGGAAGCCUGAUGAUGUCUGUGUAGUUUCAUUUUGUUAUCAGCCAUCUUAUAAUUUCUGAUAUUGAAUAUAAAAGUUUGGACUCAAGAUGCAGCUUAUGACCUGUCUCUGAAGUAUCCAUAUUUUAUUAAUUUUGGGUAUCAACUUUUGUAACAGAAAGUACUGUAUUGACACACAUUCAUAGAUUUUUUUCACAUUAUAAACCUGUUUAACUGUCAAUUUCUCAAUAAAAGUGUUAGAUCUCAAUAAUGAAAACUGAAAGAAAUAUCUAGUCAUGGGCAGCUAGAGGAAACUAAACGCUGCCUUGUUUUGUACACUUAGAGUGAAUGAGAAGGUUCAAAUUAUUUGGCUGUGAACAUGUUAAAAAAGAACAGAUUAUAAAAUAUGCAUGCAUGAGAAUAAUUUUCAGGAAUGUUAGUUUGUUUUGCCAUUCAUCACAUACAAAGUGUUCAUUUAAAACCAUGUUCUGUGUAUAGGAGAGAUUAUUAUAAGAAGAGUGUGUACUCCGUAUUUUUUUCAUAUUUGUUGUUCAUGUUUGAUGCUUAUGUACAUAUACAUUUUUGAAUAAAUCACUUUUGAGAAUUUCUA